UGAAGGUGGUGGUGGUGGAGGCAGUGGUGGUGCCGGCGGCGGCCGCAGGGGCUGCCACAGACGGUGAUUUAAAAAAAAAAAAAAAAAAAAGGCAGCAGUGAGUGAUGGGAGCAUCGUGGCUCCCGGGCGCAGGCUGGAGCUGCGGAGUUUUCGGGGCGCGGCAGGAGCGCUGAGAGAAAGGGGAGCGUCCGGGACCCAGCAGCCGCUCCGGAGGCGCCGGCCGGCUUUUUGUUCGGCCGUGCUCAGCGCCAGGCAGCCCAAGUGAACCACUCCGGGCGCCACCGCACUCCACCUUCCCGCAGCCGGAGCAGACUGGACUGCCGCGUCCAUCCUAUUGUUUAGACACUUGCCCAGGAGCUCCCGAGUCAGCGGAGCCACCGAGUCCUCGCUCCUGGUCGCCGCCUUCCCUCGCCCCCCACUUCCCAUCCCAGAGAAGGACGAGCCGAAGCCGCCGGGAGAGGAGAAGGGGCUGGAGGGAGACGGGCUGCCCCGGACGGGACUGCGGCCGCCGAGUCAGGUGCAGCGCCAGGAGCCGGGCGUCGCGACGGCGGCGGCAGGAGGACUCCCCCCGUGGCCGCGGCGGACGGGAUUCUGAGCCUGGGAAAAGUUCCUGACUUGGAGAAGGAGGACCCACUUGUGGGCGGCCGUCGAGGGGCGGAGGGGGGAGGGCUGCGCCUGCCCAGGAGCCCGCUCUGGUUUCUUCCACCUUUUGCCAUCAGGUGUCUGCCGUGAGCUGCGCGGUAUCCGGGAGGCGAGAGGGGCUGGCACAGGCGCGCACGCGGGACUGCCAUUCAGCUGCCUCCUGGGCGCCCACCGGCCAGCUGCCACCACGCCAACCGCCCAGGACACCCCCCGCAGGACCGAGGACGCGGACACCUCCACCUUGGCCUUUCCACUCCUUCCGGCUGGCCCGCCAGCGGUCCUCUUUAGGAGCUCAACUUGGCCUCUUGGAUUUCCUCCGCCAGGGUCGUGACUAGUGGAUAUUACCGCCGGCUGCGGCCGCCCCAUUGCCCUUUUGUCUUUUCUGUUUGACCUCAGGGCAGGCCCAAGUGCAAAGCACCGCCUAGGACGCCAGGCGGGAGGCGGGAUUGCGGAGGCAUCCUUCCGCGAAGUGCAUGUGUGUUUGCAAACCGCCCUGAGCGUUGGCUGUCGGGAGACGGUGAGGACCAGUCCCUGCUGCCGAGGAGCCGCGGGUCCGGGGAAGCCGCGGGAGUGAGCCGCGCUGGUCGCCCGGAGCAGCUCCCCGCGCCCGCGGGCUGUGCGCCUCCCCGUGCGCCCCAGCGCGCCAUGCCCGGUCGCCCUGCACGCACGGCUCCUGGCCCACGGGGCGCCUGCGCCUUCUAGCUUCAGAGAGCCCACUUUCGUCAAGGACAACGUUCCCAUUGAGCCUCCCUCUUCUGCCUCCUAGCCUCCCCGCUGGAAUCGGAUUCGCAGAGAAGGUGGUGGAAUCCGAGCAGGCCCGUUCCCCCGCGCCACUGGCGCUUGCCUCUUCGCUGCUAUUGAGAGCCCCGUUCUUUGCCACCAAGUUGGCCUUUGCGACUCGUGAUCUCCCCCCACCCCCGGCUUCUCUGGGGUCUUCGAACAGCCUUAGCCAGACCAAUUCAUCUUCAGGACCUAAAGUUGUCCAAGGAGCGCCCGCCCUGCCGGAGGGAGUAGGGCGGAGGGGAGGUGGGAGGCGUGUACCUGUGUCAGCUCGUCUACCUUGAAUAUUAGAACUGUUACUUCCAUCACAUUUCGUGCACGUUUACCCGGACACUCUGGGUUGCUAGCUCUGCGCCAGACCCUGGGCCUCAGCCCCAAGCGCGUUUGGCGCGCCCAGCCGCUUGCAGUAAAGAAACCACCGGCACUGGCGAGCGAGGCGGCGGCGGCGGGGGAAGAUGCGCGGCGGCGGCGGGCAGACGCUGUCCCUGGCUCUGGGCUUGGUGCUGGCGAUCCUAAAAGAGGUGGCGUCUCAAGCGUGUCCGGCGCAGUGCUCCUGCUCGGGCAGCACAGUGGACUGUCACGGAUUGGCGCUGCGCGGCGUGCCCAGGAACAUCCCCCGCAACACCGAGAGGCUGGAUUUGAAUGGAAAUAACAUCACACGGAUUACCAAAAUGGAUUUUGCCGGUCUUAGACAUCUGAGAGUUCUUCAGCUUAUGGAGAAUAAGAUCAGCACCAUUGAAAGAGGAGCAUUUCAGGAUCUUAAAGAACUGGAGAGACUGCGUUUAAACAGAAAUCACCUUCAGCUGUUUCCUGAGUUGCUGUUUCUUGGGACUUCGAAGCUCUACAGGCUAGACCUCAGUGAAAACCAAAUUCAGGCAAUUCCAAGGAAGGCUUUCCGUGGAGCAGUUGACAUUAAAAAUUUGCAACUGGAUUACAACCAGAUCAGCUGUAUCGAAGAUGGGGCAUUCAGGGCUCUCCGGGACCUGGAAGUGCUCACUCUCAACAAUAACAACAUUACCAGACUUUCUGUGGCAAGUUUCAACCAUAUGCCUAAGCUUAGGACUUUUCGACUGCAUUCCAACAACCUGUACUGUGACUGCCACCUGGCCUGGCUCUCGGACUGGCUGCGGCAGAGGCCUCGGGUGGGCCUCUACACUCAGUGCAUGGGCCCCUCCCACCUGAGGGGCCAUAAUGUAGCUGAGGUUCAGAAGCGAGAAUUUGUGUGCAGUGGUCACCAGUCAUUUAUGGCUCCUUCUUGCAGCGUCUUGCACUGUCCAGCCGCUUGCACCUGUAGCAACAAUAUCGUAGACUGCCGUGGGAAAGGUCUUGCGGAGAUCCCCACGAAUCUGCCUGAGACCAUCACUGAAAUACGUCUGGAACAGAACUCAAUCAAGGUCAUCCCUCCUGGAGCUUUCUCACCAUAUAAAAAGCUUAGAAGAAUCGACCUGAGCAAUAACCAGAUCUCCGAACUGGCACCAGACGCCUUCCAAGGACUGCGCUCCCUGAAUUCACUUGUUCUCUAUGGAAAUAAAAUCACAGAACUCCCAAAGAGUUUAUUUGAAGGAUUAUUUUCCUUACAGCUACUAUUAUUGAAUGCCAACAAGAUAAACUGCCUUCGGGUAGAUGCUUUCCAGGACCUGCACAACCUGAACCUUCUCUCCUUGUACGACAACAAGCUCCAGACCAUCGCCAAGGGGACCUUCUCGCCUCUCCGGGCCAUUCAGACCAUGCAUUUGGCCCAAAACCCCUUUAUUUGUGACUGCCAUCUCAAGUGGCUCGCGGAUUAUCUCCACACCAACCCGAUCGAGACCAGUGGUGCCCGCUGCACCAGCCCCCGGCGUCUGGCAAACAAAAGAAUCGGACAGAUCAAAAGCAAGAAAUUCCGUUGUUCAGCUAAAGAGCAGUAUUUCAUUCCAGGUACAGAAGAUUAUCGAUCAAAAUUAAGUGGGGACUGCUUUGCAGACUUGGCUUGCCCUGAAAAGUGCCGCUGCGAAGGGACCACGGUCGAUUGCUCCAAUCAAAAGCUCACCAAAAUCCCAGACCACAUUCCCCAGUAUACUGCGGAACUGCGUCUCAAUAAUAAUGAAUUCACCGUGUUAGAAGCUACAGGAAUCUUCAAGAAACUUCCUCAGUUACGUAAAAUAAACUUUAGCAACAAUAAGAUUACAGACAUUGAAGAGGGAGCUUUCGAAGGAGCAUCUGGAGUAAAUGAAAUACUUCUCACGAGUAAUCGUUUGGAAAAUGUGCAGCAUAAAAUGUUCAAGGGAUUGGAAAGCCUCAAAACAUUGAUGUUGAGAAGUAAUCGCAUCAGCUGUGUGGGGAAUGACAGCUUCAUAGGGCUGAGUUCUGUGCGGCUGCUUUCCUUAUAUGAUAAUCAAAUUACUACGAUUGCGCCAGGGGCCUUUGACACUCUCCAUUCCUUAUCUACUCUAAACCUCUUGGCCAAUCCUUUCAACUGUAACUGCUACCUGGCUUGGUUGGGAGAAUGGCUCCGGAAGAAAAGAAUUGUAACAGGCAACCCUCGCUGUCAGAAACCCUACUUCCUCAAAGAGAUCCCCAUCCAGGACGUGGCCAUUCAAGACUUCACUUGCGAUGACGGAAAUGAUGACAAUAGCUGUUCCCCGCUGUCCCGCUGUCCCGCCGAGUGCACCUGCUUGGAUACAGUGGUCCGGUGUAGCAACAAGGGCUUGAAGGGUUUGCCCAAAGGAAUCCCAAAAGAUGUCACUGAAUUGUACCUGGAUGGGAAUCAAUUCACACUGGUUCCUAAGGAACUCUCUAACUACAAACACUUAACACUUAUAGACUUAAGUAACAACCGAAUAAGCACCCUUUCUAACCAGAGCUUCAGCAACAUGACCCAGCUCCUUACCUUGAUUCUUAGUUACAACCGUCUGAGAUGUAUUCCUCCGCGAACCUUCGAUGGAUUGAAGUCUCUUAGAUUACUUUCUUUACAUGGAAAUGACAUUUCUGUUGUGCCUGAAGGUGCUUUCAACGACCUUUCUGCAUUAUCACACCUAGCAAUCGGAGCCAACCCUCUCUACUGUGACUGUAACAUGCAGUGGUUAUCCGAGUGGGUGAAGUCGGAAUAUAAAGAACCAGGAAUUGCCCGUUGCGCCGGACCUGGAGAAAUGGCAGAUAAACUGUUACUCACAACUCCCUCCAAAAAAUUCACCUGUCAAGGUCCUGUGGAUGUGACUAUAUUAGCUAAAUGUAAUCCUUGCUUAUCAAAUCCAUGCAAAAAUGAUGGCACCUGUAACAAUGAUCCAGUUGACUUUUAUCGCUGUACCUGUCCAUAUGGUUUCAAGGGGCAGGACUGCGAUGUCCCAAUUCAUGCAUGUAUCAGUAACCCGUGUAAACAUGGAGGAACUUGCCACUUAAAAGAAGGUGACAAGGAUGGAUUCUGGUGUAUUUGUGCUGAUGGAUUUGAAGGAGAACACUGUGAAGUCAAUAUUGAUGACUGUGAAGAUAAUGACUGUGAAAAUAAUUCUACUUGUGUUGAUGGGAUUAAUAACUACACAUGCCUUUGCCCACCUGAGUACACAGGCGAGUUGUGUGAGGAGAAGCUGGACUUCUGUGCCCAGGACCUGAACCCCUGCCAGCAUGACUCCAAGUGCAUCCUGACGCCAAAGGGAGUCAAAUGUGACUGCACCCCAGGCUACAUCGGCGAGCACUGUGACGUGGAUUUCGACGACUGCCAGGAUCACAAGUGUAAAAACGGGGCCCACUGCACGGACGCAGUGAAUGGCUACACGUGCAUCUGCCCCGACGGUUACAGUGGCUUGUUCUGUGAAUUUUCUCCGCCCAUGGUCCUCCCUCGAACCAGCCCCUGUGACAAUUUUGAGUGUCAGAAUGGAGCUCAGUGCAUCAUCAGGAUAAAUGAGCCCAUAUGUCAGUGUUUGCCCGGCUACCAGGGGGAGAAGUGUGAGAAGCUGGUCAGUGUGAAUUUUGUAAACAAGGAGUCCUAUCUUCAAAUCCCUUCGGCCAAGGUUCGGCCUCAAACGAACAUCUCACUCCAGAUUGCUACCGAUGAAGACAGUGGGAUCCUCCUGUACAAGGGGGACAAGGACCACAUCGCUGUAGAGCUCUACCGGGGACGCGUGCGCGCCAGCUACGACACCGGCUCUCACCCGGCCUCUGCCAUUUACAGCGUGGAGACGAUCAAUGAUGGAAACUUUCACAUUGUGGAGCUACUUGCCCUGGACCAGAGUCUCUCCCUCUCCGUGGAUGGAGGGAGCCCCAAAAUCAUCACCAACUUGUCAAAGCAGUCCACUCUGAAUUUUGACUCCCCACUCUAUGUAGGAGGCAUGCCCGGGAAAAACAACGUGGCUGCCGCCCUGCGCCAGGCCCCCGGGCAGAAUGGCACCAGUUUCCACGGCUGCAUCCGCAACCUCUACAUCAACAGCGAGCUGCAGGACUUCCGCAAGGUGCCCAUGCAAACCGGCAUUCUGCCCGGCUGUGAGCCAUGCCACAAGAAGGUGUGCGCCCACGGCACGUGCCAGGCCAGCAGCCAGUCUGGCUUUACCUGUGAGUGUGAGGAAGGAUGGACCGGGCCCCUCUGUGACCAGAGGACCAAUGACCCCUGUCUUGGAAAUAAAUGCGUGCAUGGCACCUGCCUGCCCAUCAACGCCUUCUCCUACAGCUGUAAGUGCCUGGAGGGCCACGGGGGCGUCCUGUGUGAUGAAGAGGAGGACCUGUUUAACCCCUGCCAGGCCAUCAAGUGUAAGCACGGGAGAUGCAGGCUGUCCGGCCUGGGGCAGCCCUACUGCGAAUGCAGCAGCGGAUACACCGGGGACAGCUGUGACCGAGAAGUCUCCUGCCAAGGGGAGCGGAUCAGAGAUUAUUACCAAAAACAACAGGGCUACGCCGCUUGCCAGACAACCAAGAAGGUGUCCCGGCUGGAGUGCAGAGGCGGGUGCGCGGGGGGCCAGUGCUGCGGGCCCCUGCGGAGCAAGCGGCGGAAAUACUCCUUCGAAUGCACUGACGGGUCGUCCUUCGUGGAGGAGGUCGAGAAGGUGGUCAAGUGCGGCUGCAGCAGGUGCGCCUCCUAACCGCCUCCCCGGGGCUGCUGUCUUGGCAGAUGCUGUCUCCUGCUUGGCCACGCUGGACUCGCGAAUGCUUCCUAGUGGAAAUAUUUGAAAUAUAUUGUAAAAUACAGAACAGACUUAUUUUUAUUAUGAGAAUAAAGACUUUUUUUUUCCUGCAUUUGGAAGAAAAAAA